AUGGCGGACUUACUAAUCCCAAUAAUUCCUCCAAAAAUACGCAAAAAAGUGUUUCGUCAUCACGAAAUUUUUGUUGACGACUUUUCAGACGAGGAACUUCGGAGCAGAUACCGAUUUGGCCGAGAUUCUAUUGAAUUUCUCACAGGAAUCCUUGAAAACCAUCUGCAGCGACAGACGAAGAGAAACCAUGCGCUGUCGCCGACACUACAAAUUCUUGUAGCGUUGGGUUUCUUUGUGAGCGGCAGCUUUCUACAACCCAUCGGUGACACCGUCGGCCUCCCAAAAUCCUCUGUCUCAAGGGUGGUAAAAGAUGUGUCGCUUGCUCUAGCCCAGAAGCAGAAAAAAUUAAUUUUGUGGCCGUCUCCCGCCGAACUGCAAGUAGUCAAGCGAGGGUUUUACGACAAGGGAGGAUUCCCUGGUGUAAUUGGCUGCGUCGACGGGACCCAUGUGAGGAUUCAGGCACCCAGCACGAACGAAACGAUUUUGUUAAUCGGAAAGGAUUUCACUCCAUCAAUUUACAAGCAGUGCGCAACGAUAAUGGUAGGGAACACAAAGCGAAAAUAA